GUUCAUGAGUUUGUGUUAGCUUAUUCCAUUUCUAAUCGAUAGUCUUUGCUAGGGAUGGAAUCAGGAGAUUCUCUGUCACGGUGGCUGAACUCUGAUAUUUUCAUCGUGUUUGUGGUGUUGCUGUUGCUCCUAUUGCUGGUCAUCUUUGCUGUAUGCUGGCUCAUGAGACGACAUCACACACAGAGACCAACAGAGAAAAUGGCUGAAAUAGAGAUUACUCCAGUUGAUGAUGCAGACUUGGGGAACUCUGCCAGAUUCACCCUGAAGAUUGUGACUGAGCAGACACAUGCAACAGAGCUUGUGGAGAUGUUAACUCGUAGAGGUUGCUCUGUUGAGGUUUCAGAUCGCCAUAGUAAACCCUCUGGCUCUGCUGUUAAAGAUGAUGACAACGAUCAAGAUUACACUGAUGCGUUACAGAAUAUAUAAAUCAUUGUGUAGUUUAGGAUUUUUUUUUAAUCACAGCAUUUAGUUUUCUUGAAUUAAUUCAAUUCUAAAUAUAUAACUAUGUAAACAAGUUAAUUUGUUAUUUUGUGUGCAACAAGAACAUGGAC